AUUACAUGAUUGGGAUACGUAUACCGCAAGCUUGUUGCGCCUGGCACAAGAGGCGGCUAAAACAUGAAGUUUGUCUAAGAGGACGGGUCAUUUGCAACCAGCUAUGUCUAUUGCUGCUACUGUCUACAUCUCUGGCCCAGUCUCCAUCAGCACUGGCAGCAAUUCCGAUGCAAUCGCUUCUUCUCUGUGACGCAAGCGACACCCGCGAAGCUGGCCGAGACAGGAACCAGGACGGUAUCAAGUCCUCUUACUUUUUCUCCAGCAACUUUGACUCUGAUCUGCAGGCGAGGCUAGCAGACUUUGCGCAGUUCCCGUUCUCCGCCGCAUCUGCACUGCUGGCUGGACCACCAAGGAGUGGAAAGACUACCCUUCUCUUUCAGUACGCCCACAACCACCUGCUGGAAAAUCCGCAUGACACUGCGCUUGUCAUAGCCAAACGGCAGCGACUGGAAGGAGCCCCACCACUUCUGCCGCAAGGCGUAACCAAGACUUCCUUGCCGUACGAACGGCUUCAUCUGCGGUACCUGGACAGUGACCGCGAGCUGCGGAAGUUCUUUGCGUGCAUCCAUCUUCUGGAGAGUCUUCCAAGUCUGAUCAUAGUUGAUGACUUUGCCGACUUCUUCUCCGAGAGUAGAGUCGGAGAGCAUGGCAUCCCCACAAAGAGCCGGGAGCAGGUCUUUGUCAAGACCCUCGCUCUCCUUCAUGAGGCGGGUUGCUUCAUCAGGCAAUCGAAGCAGAGACCGUGUACCAUUCUUGUGUCCGAUACCAACGUAGGAGAGAUGCCCCGGAACUUGUACUUGUACCAACGGUGGAUCCCACUGUCUGUCAAAAUCAAAGAUGGCGUGGGCAACAUGUUCACCGCGUCCGCAUGUGAUGCGGGGUCUGGGGUGACUUUGCGCGCCAGCUACUCCAUCACUGCCGCUUCCUUGAUCCUUGAGCACAUCGACGGGAAGCAAUCAAAUGAUCAAGAACAGGGUAGCAGCGCUUGGGCUGCAGACCCGACGCUGGGCCUUGCAUCUUAGAGUCCAUCACGCUGGAGACUUAGAGAACGCUGGUCACAAUUAGUCAGCAAUAUCACAAGAUCCGAUGACUUCGAGCUAGAGACGUCCGGGUAUUAUUCGAUGCCAUUGGCGCCCAGUAUUUGAUAGCGCGGGCAUGCUACUUGACGAGUUCGGAAGAUUCCUGAAUCGAACAUCUACUUUUCUCUUGACCGUACUAGCAGGUAUUCCUGUGUUUUAACGACCCAGGUUGUGCACGCACACGACCGCGCGUGCAAUUGUUGAUCAAACUUGUAACCACAUGUUUAAAC